AUGUAGAACAAUAAUAAUAAAUAAGUUCGAGAAUCUUGGAAAAUGUCAUUAAUAAAUAAAUUUGGUUUAAGUGAGGUGAUUGAACAUAAUCUCAUUUUUUAACCUCCAAAACCAACUUAUCAAAUAAAAAAUUGUUUAGAGACUAAUGGCUUAGAAUUUAGUAUGUAAUUGAAUGACAAUUGGAUUAACUUAAACUAGUUUUGUAAUAUCUAAUAUAGAGUUUCCAUCUUAAAACAAAUAGAUAAUAAUGUAGUUGUAUCAUAUGUUCCUAUAAUCCAUUAUUCAUGUAAUUCAGAUAAAGUUAUUAUACUUUCACAUAGUAAUGCCAUGGAUUUAGCCUAUGCAUCAAGAUGGGGUGCUAAAAUUUGUGAAUUAUACUAAGUUGAUGUAAUUUGUUAUGAUUACUCGGGAUAUGGAAUUACUAAAAAAACUAUGAAACCAUCAGAGUAUAUUUCUUUAUUAAUAGAUUUACCAUUUCAAAUGAUCUCUCUAAUGUUGUUGCUCUAGCUUAACAUCAAUAUGAUUACAUAUUCUUAUGGGGAUACUCUAUUGGUUCUUAUCCUACUGUUUAAGUUGCCACAUAAUUUUCACUUUCUGGAAUCAUUCUAUAAGCUCCAUUAGCUUCUUUAGGAAGAAUUAUAGAUAAUCGAAAUUCAUUCUACUCAGAAUAUGAUAAGUUUUCCAAUUAAUCUAUCAUUAAUCAAAUCACUGCUCCAAUCUUGAUCUUUCAUGGAACCAAAGAUUCCAUUAUUAAAAUUAAUCAUUCUGAAUAAUUAUCUAAAUCUUGCUAAAAUUUAUUUGCUUUCAUUAGAGUAGAAGGAGCAAAUCAUAAUGAUAUUGGAUUAGCUGCAGAUACAGAAAAUUCAGAAGUUUAUAAAUAAAUUAAAGAAUUACUUAAUCAUUAAAACAUACUUCCUAUAAAGAAAGUCUUUGAAUUAUCUUUAAAAUUUGAUAACCUUAUCAUUCUUGAUCAAAUUGAAGAAUAAACAUUUUAUAAAAGUGCUCUACCUAUUUAAGAAAAAAAAGAAAUCAAAAAACAUAAUGAAAAAUAAGGUUGUUCAUUGUUUUGUACAAAAUUUUGA